GUGCUUGAAACCUAGCUUAUUUUCCUGCAACCAUGCUACUUCCCUUGGACACCCAAGGACAUGAUGUCCCGCAGCACGAUUGUAUCGCGCCAGGUCUGGGAUGAGCUGUUUGAAAGCAUAGUUGGCAGGCCUCAUCAAUCCGAGGACGACGCGCAAGAUCUGAACGCCUACCUCGAGUAUCUCCAAGCCCGGUACACUCCGCCUUUGAGCGAUGCGUUCACUCCCAUCUUCCACCCUUCGACGUCGAGGUAUACAUCAUCAACUGCCAAGAUUGUGGCUUCAGUCGUCGCCGUUGCGGGUACAUUGAGGAAGAAGCCUAGCUCGAGCAUCUGCAACGUUGUUGCAGAGCUCAUUGAGGCGUCUAUUCUGCGCGAGGAAUGCAGAGAUCAAUACAGGCCCGUCGCAGAGUACUUGGUCUUCUGUAUCCAAGGCUGGAUUACAAUGCUUUACGAUCCGAUGCCUCCGGACCACAUGCCGCCGGCUACUUUCAACAUUAACACGACUGGCUUCGAAACCCAUCAUCAACCAAUCUCCCAAGCAAGACGUCCCUUCGGCGAGGUUUUAGCCGGGUUCCGAGUGUGGUCCAACCUUCAAGUCCGUUCCCAGGAUGGCGGACUCCCUGGUAGCCGCUUAAGUAGCGGUUCUGGCUUCUUGCAACCAUCCUUUCUCCACGCAGGCGUUCUAACGUCAAUCGGAGGCUUACAAAUAUGCUGGGUUAAUGCGAUAGGCUUGCACUUAACUUUUGAGCCCACUGGAAGGCUUUUCUUGUUUCGCAUGCCCUCUUUCUGUCGAAUGCAAUCCGCUGAGGGAUCCAUACUAGACAUCAUUGCCAACGCCGUUGCCGACGAAGACGAAGACGGCAGCGAUGACGGUGAAGAAGAUCGUCAUGCAAAUGCGCUCCAGUGCCGCCGUUUAGCCACCGAGGUCGUCCAGAGUUAUAGCGUCAUCUUUGCCGCUCAUAGCAAGGCUCGUGAGCUAUAUACUCAUAAGGAACGAACAAGAGCAUCUGUCAACUCGAAGAAAGAACCUGAUCCGCUACUUGAUACCGUCUGUGGAAACUCGAUUCGCAAAUGGACGACGAUGUGGGAGCCGCCGCCAGGAGCCAUCAACGCAUCAACAGUCUUUCCUGUUCUCUGGCGCCGCCUUCUAGCCCUUCAACAAUACAUUGAGUCCCGACCCGCCCGUGGGGGUCUUCGAGGCAUCUACAGUGACCAGCGAAACUCGUAUAACUGGUACACUUUCUGGGCAAUUCUUAUCAUUGGUACUAUUGGACUGGUUUUGUCGUUUAUCCAGACAGCCAUGUCGGUAUUACAGGCUUCCUACGCUAUAAAGGCGUAUAACAAAGAUACAAACAUGUGUGCUUAGCCGCUGCGAUGCCAUCAAUAUUCCUUAUCUAGCUUGCCAUGGAAUAAAAAAUUCGAACACCUUUCCUGGCUCGUGGAAAGUCGCAUUACCUUCGUUUGCAGAGGUGGGUGGUGGAAGCGAUGCAGAUGCCUCCAGGUUAUGUGCGACCGCCUGUACCUUGAGCUCAAGCUCUCCUAUCGACUCGAAUCCGCUUGGCCGUUGCCUGGGGUAUCUUUUCAUGUACUCCAAUUUGGAGAGCAGAACACGGCCAAUAUCGCCCUGUGCAUUUGAGCCCUGUGCAACCUUCACUGCGCUUGUUAUCUCGC